GUAAUACACAUUCGCCAGUCUCGCUGCUUUACAUACUCUCUCUCUCCCCCCAUAAAAACUCAAAUACUCUCUCUCUCUCUCUCCCCCCCUGUGUGUCCCCUUUUUCUAGGGUUUCAAGCGCCGCUUCGCCGCUGGGAAAUCAAUUCUCCGAUCAAAUCUAUCUCUCUCGCCGGAGCUCAUAAAGUAUGGCUACAGAGAUCACUCUGGUUCUAUUGAAUGCACAAUCAGGAGAUGGAACAGUAAGGAAGCAGGCAGAAGAGAACUUGAAGCAGUUUCAAGAUCAAAACCUUGCUGGUUUCUUGUUGUCGCUCGCUGGAGAGCUUUCAAGUGAUGAAAAGCCUGUGGACAGCCGUAAAUUGGCAGGUUUGAUUCUUAAAAAUGCAUUGGACGCUAAGGAACAACAUAGAAAGUUUGAGCUUGUUCAGAGAUGGUUAUCUCUUGAUGUAGCUGUGAAGGGGCAGAUUAAGACAUGUUUGCUUCAGACCCUUUCUUCUCCUGUACCUGAUGCUCGUUCAACUGCAUCACAAGUUAUAGCCAAGGUUGCAAGCAUUGAGCUCCCACAGAAACAGUGGCCUGAGUUGAUAGUAUCUUUGUUGGGAAACAUUCACAUGGUUCCUGUUCAUGUCAAGCAAGCCACCUUGGAAACACUAGGUUAUUUGUGUGAAGAAGUCUCCCCAGAUGUUGUUGAGCAGGAUCAAGUAAAUAAGAUACUUACAGCCGUUGUUCAGGGCAUGAAUGCAUCUGAAGGAAAUAAUGAAGUGAGGCUUGCUGCUACUAGAGCAUUAUAUAAUGCUCUUGGCUUUGCUCAGGCAAAUUUUACCAAUGAUAUGGAGCGUGAUUAUAUUAUGAGAGUUGUUUGUGAGGCAACUUUGUCUCCAGAAGUUAAGAUCCGUCAAGCAGCCUACGAGUGUUUGGUUUCCAUCUCAUCGACGUAUUAUGAGAAACUAGCUCCUUACAUUCAGGAUAUUUUCAACAUCACGGCCAAGGCUGUUAGAGAAGAUGAAGAGGCUGUUGCUCUUCAGGCCAUGGAAUUUUGGAGCUCAAUAUGUGACGAGGAGAUAGAUAUCUUAGAAGAUUAUGGAGGUGAUUUUAAUGUUGCAGACUCAGAUAUUCCUUGCUUUUAUUUUAUCAAGCAGGCGCUUCCUGCUCUUGUGCCCAUGUUGUUGGAAACUCUUUUAAAGCAAGAAGAAGAUCAAGACCAGGAUGAAGGUGCCUGGAACCUUGCUAUGGCUGGGGGAACCUGCCUUGGUUUGGUUGCACGGACAGUUGGGGAUGAUAUUGUCCCACUUGUCAUGCCGUUUAUUCAAGAGAGUAUAGCGAAAGAUGACUGGAGGCAGAGAGAGGCAGCCACUUACGCAUUUGGUUCUAUAUUGGAGGGUCCUUCUCCUGACAAAUUAACUCCUAUUGUCAAUGUUGCUCUAAAUUUUAUGCUUACGGCUUUAACAAAGGACCCAAAUAACCAUGUGAAAGACACAACUGCUUGGACACUUGGAAGAAUAUUUGAAUUUCUUCAUGGUUCAACUGUGGAGACGCCUAUUAUAAAUCAGACCAACUGCCAGCAGAUUAUCACAGUGCUUUUGCAAAGCUUGAAUGACGUUCCAAAUGUUGCAGAAAAGGCCUGUGGUGCUCUAUAUUUUCUUGCCCAAGGUUUUGAGGACGUGGGUUCCUCUUCUCCUUUAACUCCUUAUUUUCAGGAGAUUGUUCAGGCCCUCCUCACAGUCUCACGUAGAGAAGACGCUGGGGAGUCUCGCUUAAGGACUGCUGCUUAUGAGACAUUAAAUGAAGUGGUGCGUUGUUCGACAGAGGAAACAGCUCCCAUGGUGAUGCAACUAGUUCCUGUCAUUAUGAUGGAGCUUCACAAUACUCUCGAGGCACAAGUACAGAAGCUUGUGUCUGAUGAGAGAGAGAGGCAGAAUGAGCUGCAAGGUCUUCUUUGUGGGUGCUUACAAGUGAUUAUUCAGAAGCUUGGAACAUCUGAGCCAACAAAGUAUGCCUUCAUGCAGUAUGCAGAUCAAAUAAUGAAUCUCUUCCUGAGGGUUUUUGCUUGCAGAAGUGCAACUGUGCAUGAGGAAGCCAUGCUUGCAAUUGGUGCCCUCGCAUAUGCAGCAGGUCCCGAUUUUGCCAAGUACAUGUCGGAAUUCUAUAAGUACGUGGAAAUGGGUCUUCAGAAUUACGAGGAGUAUCAAGUAUGUGCAGUCACAGUUGGUGUGGUGGGUGAUAUAUGCAGAGCAUUAGAGGACAAGGUCAUGCCCUUCUGCGAUGGCAUUAUGACCCAGCUCCUCAAAGAUUUGUCUAGCAGCCAGCUGCACCGAUCUGUAAAGCCUCCAAUAUUUUCAUGCUUUGGUGACAUAGCACUGGCAAUUGGGGAGAAUUUUGAGAAAUAUUUGACUUAUGCGAUGCCUAUGCUCCAGAGUGCAGCUGAGUUGUCUGCCCACACCUCAGGUGCGGAUGAUGAAAUGAUAGAGUACACAAAUCUUUUGAGAAAUGGUAUCUUGGAAGCCUAUUCUGGGAUAUUCCAAGGCUUUAAGAACUCUCCAAAAACCCAGCUGUUAAUUCCAUAUGCUCCGCAUAUCCUCCAGUUCUUGGAUAGCAUUUAUAUGGAAAAAGACAUGGAUGACGUAGUAAUGAAAACUGCCAUUGGUGUCCUUGGGGAUUUAGCUGAUACACUGGGGAGCAAUGCAGGUGCCUUAAUUCAGCAAUCUAUGUCGAGCAAAGACUUUUUGAAUGAAUGCUUGACCUCUGAGGAUCACUUGAUUAAAGAAUCUGCUGAGUGGGCUCGAUUGGCCAUUCAUCGUGCAAUUUCUGUCUGAGUUGUGUCUGCUUGGUAUAUUUUACCUUUUAGUUUAAAGUCCCUGCAUGCAUACGGGUGUGUCGAGUCGGGUCCAGGACUGCAUUCAACGGGUCGGGUCAUCAGCAUUUCUAACAGAAGGUAUCUUCAAGUGUCUCUAACUCAUGCAUCAGCACCAUAGGUGGGUCUUUUUGUCAGCGGAGGGGAAUGCCUUGUAAAUGUCAUCGAAAACUGAAUGGUAACAUGGUGCUGAAAACUUGGGGUUUUUUUCAUUGAAAUCGCCCCGGGGGGGGGGGGGGGGGGGGGGGGGGGGGGGGGGGGUGGGGGGUUAUGGGUAUGGAGGUGCAACUCUGCUGAAUGGACGAGCUGCUUGACAUUUCUUCUACAUGCCUGGAGGUACAAGUGAUACCCAUGAAGCUGGUCCUGCCAGGUUUCCAGGUGGUACAAAAUUGAAUGUACAAGUGCAAACAAUGAAGGACCAUCCAUGACAUAGAGACGCCACCUUUUCAACUUUUCCUUGAUCAGCCUUUUUUUUUUUUUUUUUUUUUUUCAUUUUGGUCGGUUUCAUGCAUUAUUAGUCCGAGUCGUCAAUAUUCAGGUCUGUCACAUUCGGAUUGCAUUCCUUUUUUCAAAUUCUUGCAUGGUGGGGGUGGUUGGUAUAAUCCAAAUUUAGUUAGGUCACAUCAUUUUGCAUAGGUCCUGGUUGAUUUUGGUCAGCCUACAGUAGGUGUUUUGUAUGCAAGUGUUGAAUACAGUGCAUCCAUGAAGUCAUGUGUGCUUCAGUUUUUCUUUUUAUCGAAGUACAGUUUCUCGUCAUGUUUUGAGACGCUCGCUCUUAUUUUGGUUCGCUGCCUAAAUAGAAGUGGUAUACUAUAUUGUAAUAUUUCAGAUUGUAAUGACAAUGAAAGAUUGUUCAAGUUUCA